CGUCUCUUCCGGGUUUGGGUUGCACAUGAUUUCUCUGAUUCAGGGUUAUUUUUAUUAGAUCAGCUAAAACAUCAUUAUCAUUUAAACCCUUUUACCCACAGCUUAAAGCGCGCUGAUCGUGGAUGUGCAGCAUCGUGCUGGAGAUUUGCUGAACAUCAUUAAAUCUGCAGAAAAAAUGUCUGAAGAAGAUAAAUCAGAAACUAAAUCUGAAGUGAAGGAUGAAGAAGGUAAAGUCAGCAGGGUAAUCCGCAUUGGAACAAGAAAAAGCCAGCUGGCUCGCAUUCAAACAGACAGUGUUGCAGAGAAGCUUAAAGAGUUAUACCCUGAUGUGCUCUUAGAAAUAGUGGCUAUGUCAACAACAGGUGACAAAAUACUUGACACGGCUCUAUCAAAGAUUGGUGAAAAGAGUCUCUUCACAAAGGAGUUGGAGAAUGCCUUAGAAAGAAACGAGGUGGACCUGGUUGUGCACUCUUUGAAGGACUUGCCCACCAUCCUUCCUGUGGGCUUUACUAUAGGAGCUGUGCUCAAGCGGGAAAGUCCCUAUGAUGCAGUGGUUUUGCACCCCAAAAAUGCUGGUAAAUCUCUGGAUUUACUUCCAAACAAAAGUGUCAUUGGCACCAGUUCUCUUCGCCGGGCUGCACAACUGAAGAAAAGGUUUCCUCACCUGGAGUUUAAGGACAUUAGAGGCAAUCUCAACACUCGUCUGAAGAAACUGGAUGAAAACAGUGACUUUUCUGCUAUAAUCCUGGCUGCGGCAGGGCUGCGGCGAAUGGGCUGGGACAGUAGAAUCAGUCAGAUCCUUGGUCCUGAGGAUUGCAUGUAUGCAGUUGGACAGGGUGCCUUGGCCAUAGAGGUGAGAGCGAGUGAUCAGGACAUUCUGGAAAUGGUCUCAGUGCUGCAUGAUCCUGACACUGUGCUGCGCUGCAUCGCAGAAAGAGCUUUUCUCAGACAUCUGGAAGGAGGUUGCAGUGUUCCAGUAGCGGUUCACACAGAAGUGAAGAAUUCCCAGCUCUAUCUGACUGGAGCUGUAUACAGCUUAGAUGGCUCGGAUAGUCUCAAGGAUACAAUGCAGACCACUGUUUCCUCUGACAAUCAGGAGGAGCAGGAAAAGGUUGAUGAGAAGGUCCAGCGUGUGGGGGUUACUGCACUGAAAGUGUCCGGCGCUGCUCAGGAUGCUGCAGAAAAGUUGGGGGUGGACCUCGCUAACCUGCUACUCAGCAAAGGGGCCAAAGAGAUUCUGACUGUGGCCAGACAGCUCAAUGAUGCGCGGUAGUUUUAGAAAUGUUCAACCAUGCAGUGUUCAAUUAUGAUUGGGACUGAUUUUCAUAGUUUUACAGUUGAGCCCCUAUAUUUUUAUCAAGGCAUUUACCACUGUUUACUAUAGUAACUAUUGUACAUUUAAAUAUAGGAUCAAUUUUACCUUGUAAUAUCCCAUGCCAAGUACCACAGACUGACCAGAAGAUUUGCUGUGCGUUAAUGAGAUUUUCAGAUUAACAUCUUUAAGAGAUAAUCAUUUUAUACCUGCUGCUGUGAUGUGACAGCAAACAGCAUGUCCCAUCGUGCCUGCAAGGUGUCUUACAGCUUUGUGGUGCCUAAGCUCAAUGCCUAAAAAGACAAUGUUGUUUUCAUUUUACCUCAACGGACCAUUAAAGCCUAAAAAACAAUGUUUUGUAUUUAUUUCUUAUUAAAUGUUUAUUAUGCAUUACCCUAUGUCUCUGUGGACACAACACAGUCAUUCCUGUUAUUUAAGGGUAUUUAAGUGACUUAAUCCAUACAUGAAUAAAACUAUGAAGAAUUUUCUAUUUGAUUUUUUUUAAUAUUUUUGUUUUGUAUGUUUUUGUAUAGCCUUUCAUGUGUAAAUGUUGUUUACUUACCACAGAUUACAAGCAUUUGUGUGUAUUUAUCAUUUCAACCAAAUACCCUAAAAUUCAUUGUUAGUUUCAGUAGUUUUUUAACAAACAUUGUUUUUAUCCCUACAAUUAUCUUUUGUUUCCAGUUUGAUUUAUUGCAACCUGUUCCCACAUUAAACACUGGAUUCAUAUUUAAACUCAA